AGUUCUUCAAUGAUGAUAUGACAGGUCGUUUCGGGGGUUUGGGUAAUGGACAUGGAACCCCAUCUUAUGCAGCUUCCCCGCACCAGUCUAGACAAGCACCUCCGGACCUCAAAACAUCACCAAGCAGCCACCCAACCUAAACCUCAAUUCUAAAGAAUAAUGUCCAGUAGAAAACAAAAAAUUGUAUUUACGGGAGGAUCUGGCCUCGCCGGCCGUCACGCAAUCUCCAAGCUCCAGGAACACGGCCACAAGAUCCUCAACGUCGACGUAACCCCACUGGACAACCCGGACGUGUACACCCUGAAAGCCGACAUAACAGACGGCGCGCAAGCCUUCAACAGCCUAUCCUGCCACUUCAGCAAGCAGGAGCCCUUCCACGAGCCGCUCCAAACCCCAGACGCCGUCAUCCACUUCGCAGGCAUCCCGCAGCCCAUGCUCCUCCCGGACAACGAGCUCUUCCGCAUCAACACCAUGGGCAGCUACAACAUCAUCGAAUCGGCCUGCAAGCUCGGCAUCAAGAAAAUCAUCCUCGCUUCCAGCAUCACGACCUACGGCGUCAGCUAUGCGGAGGGCGACGUGGACUACGCCUAUUUUCCCGUUGAUGAGGAUUGCCCCUGCACACCCAUGGACAGCUACGCUACGUCGAAGCUGUGCAUGGAGCGCGUUGCACAGUCUUUCGCACUGAGGUACGGCGUCGACAUCUAUUGCUACCGCAUUGGCGCUGUGAUCCCGCCGGCUGCGUUUCAAGAGAAGUUCAGGGCGUAUACGGAGGAGCCGGCGAGGUGGAAGCCGCAUGCGUGGUCGUAUACCGAUGCGUUGGAUCUGGGCAACAUGUGCGAGGCUGGGUUGCAGAAGGAUGGGCUGGGGUUCCAGGUGUUUAAUGCGGUGAAUGAUGAGAUUACGAAUGAUGCGGGUGGGGAGGUCGCGGGACAAGGGGAUGCGGAGGCGUUUUUGAAAAGCGUUUGUCCUGGGACGAAGUUUGUGAGGAGUAUGGGGAAGAGGGAGGCGCCGGUGAGUAAUAGGAAGAUGAAGGAGAUGUUGGGGUUCAAGGAACAGUAUCCGUGGAGGGAGAGGUAUAGGAAGGAGUUGAUAUGAUAGUAUAGCCA